UUCUUCUCUUUCAGCAGAUAAUCGAGAAAUAGCCACAAUGAUUAUACAAUUCCUUUUUUAAUGUGUAAAAUACAGUUUGUACUUUGCGAAAAUUAUUUACUUUAUCGAAUAUAUAUUUGCAGAAUUUUUUAAAGGCAGAAAUAAGACCAGGGGCACAGUAACUGGUCGGGGGAGAGUAAUUGAGGCUUUUACUCUAACUGGUAUUUUAAUUCUUGCUUUAUUCGUUUCUAUUUUUCAUAUAUUAUUAUGUUGCAUUAUAUGCAUAUUGUAAAACACCGGCUUGGCGUAACCCGCGAGAUAUUUGAAUCCAAGAGAAAAUCGUCCAGGAGAAGAUACACUAGUUUGAGACUUAAUAGCCACUUUCGUUCGAUGUCUGACCCUACGGGCGAUCAUGUAGAUGCAUUGGACGAAGAACCAGACAUGGACUCCAUUUACAAACCUCCACCAGAAAUGUCUAUCGAGCAAAUUCUGGAGACAGAUAAAGAAGAUGAGAGUCUGCGGAAAUAUAAGGAGACACUUUUAGGUGAAGCAAAGUCUGGUGGUAUUAUAGUAGAACCUAAUGAUUCUAGAAAGGUAAUAGUGAAGAAAUUGGCGCUAUGCGUCGCUGAUCGACCGGACAUGGAAUUGGAUCUGACCAGCGAUUUAUCGCAAUUAAAGAAACAGACGUUUGUGAUCAAAGAAGGCGUGAGCUACAGAAUCAGGAUCGACUUUAUUGUACAACGCGAGAUCGUGCACGGAUUAAAAUACGUUCAAAAGACUUACCGUCUUGGUGUACCUGGAGUUACGGUUGACAAAAUGGUGCAUAUGGUAGGCUCUUAUCCUCCUAAAACGGAGCUUCAGUCUUAUACCACUCCAGCUGAGGAUGCACCAGCUGGCGUCGUCGCGCGAGGCUCUUACAACGUCAGCUCUCUUUUCACAGACGACGAUAAGCACGAGCAUCUCAAGUGGGAAUGGGCGUUUGAGAUCAAGAAGGAUUGGAAAGAAUAAGUCGUCUUCUAUUCUGUGGAAGGAGCCAAAGUGAUAAUUUACAAUUCCUAGCCUUACUACACUUUGCGAGUAAUAAUAAAGGAUGUAAAAUGCCGAAACACAAAUUUGGAUGGAUGAUUUAAUAUUUUGUAAUUAUAUAUAGCCAAUGUUGCCAUAAAAAUUACUUAUUUACAUGUUUUAAGUAUUUAAUUAGAGAAAUUGUAUUCGAGAAUUACAAAAUUAUGCGCGUGCACACAUGCACACACACACGCACUCCCCUUUCACACACACACAACAUAUACACUACUGUUAGAAAUUUAGGAUCGAGAAUUUAUUUUACUAUUUUUAAAAUGAGUUAACUACUUCAUAGAAGUUUUAUUAUAAAACCAGUUUUAAUUUUUUAAUUUUUUUGUGGUACAGUGCUACUUUGCAUCUCAUAGCGCAAUCUAUAUUUCACGAGGCAGUAACAUGGGCUUCGCAGUUGUGAUAAUUAAAUAAAGUUGUGGUUUUGUGACAAAACCACUAUGAAAUAAAGGGUUAAAUAUUGUUUGAAACAACCAGGUUUUACUUAUUAUAGAUGUUGAUAUUAUUCAAAAUUGUUAUCAACAAUUAAUACAAAAUCUAAUAACCAAAACUUGGUCGUUUUAACCAGCAUUAAAGGAAUAUUUAAAUGGAUCAAAACAAAAUUUAACAGCGAAUUUUUGAAAAAAUAAAAAGAAAGAA